AUGGAUGUUACUUAUACGACCAUGUCGAAUGAGUCAUACAUUAGUAUAUGGAUCUCAGAAUUACGCGGUAUCUUUGAGCUUUUUACGAAGAUGUCAGCCGAUGCAGGAGCCACUAAUGUUGCGAAUGGAGGGACUCCUCAACCGCGACCACAGAACAAGCGCCUGCAACAAACACAAGCUCAGGUUGAUGAGGUAGUAGAUAUCAUGCGAGUAAACAUGGAGAAAGUUCUGGAGCGCGACGCCAAACUUAGCCAGUUGGAUGAUCGAGCAGAUGCUUUGCAGGCAGGCGCUUCACAGUUCGAGGCCAGUGCAGGUAAAUUGAAGAACAAAUAUUGGUGGAAAAAUAUGAAGAUGAAUAUAAUCAUUGGUGCAGUUGUAUUGGUGCUCAUAAUAGCACUAGGAUGGUAUAUAUUUGGCGGGAAGAAACAAGAAGCAGCUCCUGCACCAACAGCUUUACCUCCUCCAGUACAACACGCCGCACCAAGUUCUCAGAGUCAGAAGCAGCCGUUGAAGCAUGAAGCUUCUCACAGGCGUCGUCGGGAAGCUUCAAUGUUCGGCACUACUCCCCAAUAA